AUGGGCGUCCAUCACAGGCUGGUAGAACCAAUCCAGAGCACUCCCUCAUCUUCACCACAACGAAGAUCCUUGGAAGAUGUCAAAGAUCGCACAUUCGAUUACAUUGUCAUCGGUGGCGGGACAUCAGGCUGUCUUUUAGCAUCCCGACUCGCCACUGCAUCCAACGCGACCAAAGUGCUCCUCGUAGAAGCAGGCGGCGAAGCUGAAGAUGAUCCAGAGAAUUUGGUUCCCGGUCUCGUAGUUCCCAAGUUCGGUAGCGAGGUUGGGAAUUGGCUUUAUGAGACUGCUCCACAGAAGCAGCUUGGCGGGAGGACGAUUGUGUAUCCGCGAGGAAGGGGGUUGGGUGGUAGCUCGGCUGUAAACUUGAGUAGCUGGGUCAGAGGUCCGAAAUGUGACUUUGACUCCUGGGCCGAAGCUACGGCAGAUCCAUGGUGGCGGUGGGAGAAUGCUGUAAAGUACAUGAAGAACCUCGAGGACUUUCAUCCCGAAUGCCCUAUUGGAAUGGAAAAGUACAUCGAUCCGAAGCCAGAGAUGCACAACACGGGUGGACCAAUUGGUGUAGGCACUGGAGCCGAAUGGCAGGCCUUGGUAAAGCACUGUUUGGAAGGAGCAAUUGAAGCCGGCCACCGCUUGAAUCUCGAUCACAACGAUGGCGAUCCGAUGGGUGUCGCUGUGGCUCAGAUGAAUGUCGAUUCUGGAGUACGCAUCAGCAGUGCUGGUGCCUUUUUGAAACCUGCCGCGAGGGAGAAGCUGGGUAAUUUGCGGGUUGUGACCGGCACUAUCUGCAAGAGAAUCAUAUUUGAGGGCAACAAAGCAGUCGGCGCCGAGCUCAUUGCUUCUCGCCCGCCUGUUGGUCAAAAAGACGAGGUAGCGAAAGUCCACGCAAGCAAAGAAAUUGUGCUCACCGCCGGCACGAUGGAAUCUCCCCACAUUCUGCUCCUUUCCGGUGUCGGUCCUGCGGCGGAGUUGAAGGGGCACAACAUCGAAGUCGUGAAAGAUGUGCCCGGCGUCGGAAAGAACAUCCGAGACCAUUGUGCUUUCAGCAUUGAAGCUGUGAUUGACGAGACGAUCCCAGGACAGAACCAGCUUCUCAAAGACCCAGAGGCCCUCGCAGCCGCGCAGAAACAAUACCAGGAGUCGAAUACAGGCCCACUCGCAGUUUUUGGAGCAAGCGCUGCAGUACUCUUCGCUCGCAUUCCAGAGCUAUACGAAUCGUCUGAAUUCCUAGCCCUACCAGAAGAGAUCCAGACAUUCCUGAAACAUCCCGAGCGACCUAGCACCGAGCUCUGGAUGCACGGUGGUCCUCUUUUCUACUCGGGGCCAGUUGCACCUACAGACUCGGUGAUUGCGGUCGAAGGCUUGUGCCAGAAUCUCCUAUCCAAAGGCUCCCUGACUUUGCGCAGCAAUGACCCGAGGGAGCUGCCUCUUGUAGAUCCCGCGUACUGUGCUGAACCGUAUGACUGGCGUAUUGCAGUGGAAACCAUGAAAGUCCAGCUUCGGAUUCUGCAGAGCCCAUCGAUGCAGGCAAUUCUUCGAAAGCCCCUUCACGGCCCUSGUGGUAAAGGUGACGAUGGCGCGGUGAAGCUGUGCUCUCCUGAGGACGAUGAGGCUAUCCUUGCCUUCCUAAAGAAAGAGUUAACGCAGGGCUUCCACUCCAUGGGCUCUUGUGUGAUGGGGAAAGAGGGAGACAGUCAACGCGUAGUCACUGCGGACUUUGAAGUGGUCGGGCUGGAAUGGUUACGGGUGGCCGACAUGUCGGUCUGUCCAAUUUUGACCAAUAACCACACUCAGAUUAAUGCAUAUCUCAUAGCUGAGCGGUGCGCACAGCUAAUGCUGGAAUCUGACUGA